AGGGAGUUCUUAUCGGGAAGCAUCUGAGGCGCCGAUACAGGAGGGACGUCGAUUCCAUGGAGGAGGACGUUGCAACAGAAAUUGCUGUGGCACAGAAGAUGGACUCUGCUGGUUGCGUGGCUAAGCUCUUGUGCGAAAUCGAGGCCAUGUCCGCUGACCAGCUCACGCCAGCCAUGUCCACCUUCAAGACCGCCUUCGAGAACAACCAAAACCUCGAGGGCUCCCGAGGCGUCUACGACUUGGCCAUCACCUUCGGCUCCAAGUUCGCCAAGAAAGACGCCAAGGCCUGCAGCAACCUCUUUGACAAGUGCGUCCUCUCCAGAGAGGAUCUCUCCUUCAUGCUUGAUUCCACCUUCUCGUGCUAGUCAUGAGCAUCACCUUAGACUAAGCACCUCACACACGCACACGCAGGCAGACUGAGUGGAUCGGAGUCAUCACUGUGACCGAAGGUAGCUUUCAGACCGUCACUGAAUGGACCUGAAGGUUACAGUGAAUAUCUGCAGUGUUCAUAAUGCUAAUCAUCUUUG